AUGAGUACUAUUACUGCAGAAAAACCAACAUCGGUUGGCGUCAAGGCGCCCAUAUCAAAAGAUGUUAAGCACGAAGCCAAUAGUUAUUUAACUCGUGCUAAAAAAUUAGAAAAUGAUAAAAAUUAUGAAGAAGCAACAGUGUUAUAUAAACGUGUUAUAUCAUUGAUCCAAGCUCAUGAAAAUGAGAAUACGGUAGAUGCACAAUCGGCAACAGAAUAA